UUUACUGAACAAGUAAUAUUAAUUUUACAGUAUAAUUUUUCUGUGGUAAUUAUACUCAAUCAUAUAAUUUAUUAAAUGGCUUCAAAUAGUGGCAUAGAUAUCAUAAAAGCGGAAGACGAAUCGGAUGACGGUGUUUACAUCAGACCAACAAAGAAAAAAAUAAUGACAUCUCAAAUUGUAACAAAUGAUGAAUUAACUAAUUUAAUUCAAGAACGUUUGGCUAAUCGACGUACUGGUGAACGUACAGAAUUUGCUAAUCAAUUGGCCAGAAAAUUAAUUAAAAAAUUACAUGAUAAAGAUGAAAAAAUUCGAAAAAUUAAAGGUAAAAAGAGAAGAGGAGUUGUGGCCGAAAUUAAAGACGAAAAAAGUGGUCAUUUAAACAUGAAAGUUGUUAAGGAAAAAGUUGUUGAUGAAUCUGAUACAUUUGAUGAUUCUGGUUCAGAUGAUGCUCCACCUGUUAUGCAAAAAAAACCUGUGAAGAAAAAACGUGAGGUAUCUAAUAUGACUGGUAAAGAAAUGGCAAUGACAAUUUUAAAUUGCAAAAAAAUAUUAGAAGAAAAUAAGUCUACAAUAGAUAAAAAAGUUGCAAAUAAAUUUACAUCUACACUUAAAUCACGAUUAGCUAAUAAGUUAAAAAAAAAUAAUAAUCGUAUAAGCAAGUAAUAAGUACU